AUGGGAGCUCUCUUUCGGAGCGAGGAGAUGUGUCUGGUCCAGCUUUUCCUGCAGUCGGGUUCAGCCUACAACUGCGUCUGCGAGCUGGGAGAACUGGGAUUGGUGGAGUUUCGAGAUUUGAAUCCAAAUGUCAACGCCUUCCAGAGGAAGUUUGUAGGAGAAGUGCGGCGAUGUGAAGAGAUGGAGAAAACCUUCAACUUCCUGGAGCAGGAGAUCCAGCGCUCCCUCUCUCCUCCGCUGACGGGCCCGUUACCGAUGCCGAGUCCGGUACCGUCGGCUCCACAACCCAGAGAACUGCUCGCUAUCGAGGAGGAGAGCGAGAGACUAGCCCGGGAGCUCAAAGAGGUGUCGAGGAACCGAGACAGUCUUCGGAGCCAGCUGACCCAGCUCAGUCAGUACAGAGCUGUUCUGAUCCAGACCCACUACCUCACCGCCACUCAGGCUCCGCCCCCUACACUGGAUACUUCUGCCCUAUUGGACAACCGGCAGGAUAUUCGAUUAAGUUUCGUUGCCGGUGUUGUGCAUCCAUGGAAGGUUCCGGCCUUUGAACGGUUGCUAUGGAGAGCCUGCCGCGGUUACAUCAUCGUUGACUUCAGAGAGAUGGAGGAAAGGCUUGAACAGCCAGAGACAGGAGAGAUGGUUCAGUGGACAGUUUUCCUCAUCUCCUUCUGGGGUGACCAGAUUGGACAGAAGAUCAAGAAGAUUUGUGAUUGUUUCCACACACAUACCUUUGCUUACCCGGAGAGCCCAGCCGAGAGGGAGGAGAUUUUACAGGGGCUGCACACCAGAAUCACAGAUAUAAAAACGGUGUUAUCUCAGACAGAGCAGUACCUGCAGCAGGUGCUGGGGCGAUCGGUGGCCGUGUUGCCGCAGUGGCGUGUGCGUGUGCAGAAGUGUAAAGCCAUUCACACCAUACUGAACCUGUGCAGCCCCUCCGUCACGGACAAGUGCCUGAUCGCAGAGGCCUGGUGCCCCAUACGCAAACUACUGCUGCUUCAGAGCGCGCUCAUCGAGGGCACGAGGAAGAGUGGCAGUGUGAUUGAUUCCUUUUAUAAUCGCCUGCCUGCCCCCACCUCCCCACCCACCCUGUUCAACACCAACUCCUUUACCUCAGCCUUCCAGAGUAUAGUGGAUGCUUAUGGAGUAGCCAAAUACAGAGAGGUCAAUCCGGCUGUGUAUACCAUCAUCACGUUCCCGUUCCUGUUUGCGGUGAUGUUUGGGGAUGUGGGACAUGGUUUGCUCAUGAGCCUGGCUGCACUGUGGAUGAUUCUGGAGGAGAAAGACCCUAAAAAGAAAAACAGUACUAAUGAGAUGUGGAGGAUGCUGUUUGGGGGGAGGUAUGUAAUCCUGUUGAUGGGCUUGUUCUCUGUCUACACUGGUGCUGUGUAUAAUGAGUGUUUCAGUAAAGGCCUCAGCCCUUUCCCCUCUGGCUGGCACCUCACUCCCAUGAGUCUACACUACAACUGGAGUGAUGACACUCUGAGAGAUAACCAGUACCUGACUCUGGACCCAAACGUGACAGGAGUGUUCCAGGGCCCCUACCCUUUCGGCAUCGACCCGAUCUGGAGAUUGGCCAGUAAUCGCCUGACGUUUCUCAACAGUUAUAAGAUGAAGAUGUCCAUCAUCAUCGGGGUCAUUCACAUGACCUUUGGCGUCUGUCUGUCUUUCUUCAACUACAAGCAGGCUAAAGACGUGAGCAGUGUGAUUCUGGUGCUGGUACCAGAGCUGAUGUUUAUGCUCUGUCUGUUCGGUUACCUGGUCUUCAUGGUGCUGUUUAAAUGGGUCGCGUUUGGACCGCACAAUUCCGACAGAGCCCCCAGCAUCCUCAUCCACUUCAUAGACAUGUUCCUGUUCUCAGAGAACCCAGACAACCCACCCCUGUACCCAGGGCAGAUGAUUGUACAGAGGGUACUGGUGUUUUUGGCGGUGAGCUCUGUUCCCGUGCUCUUAUUGGGGAAACCACUGCGUCUCUACCUCAGACACAGGCGACGGAACAGAACUACAACCACGCAGGAGGUGCAGCGCCCUCUAUUGACUGACACCAGCUCCAUCAACGCCUUACAGGGAGACCUGGAGGGAAGGGGAUCCGUAGAGGAGGAGACGGAGUUUGAUGGCGCGGAGGUGUUCAUGCAUCAGGCCAUUCACACGAUAGAGUACUGUCUAGGCUGCAUCUCCAACACGGCCUCUUACCUACGACUGUGGGCUCUCAGCCUUGCACAUGCACAGCUGUCUGAGGUGCUCUGGGUGAUGGUGAUGAGAAUCUCUCUCUCAUGGCAAGACUACCUGGGAUCUGUAGUCCUGGCCGCUGUGUUCUCCGUGUUCGCCACGCUCACCGUCUCCAUCCUGCUCGUCAUGGAAGGGCUGUCGGCGUUCCUACACGCCCUGCGUCUGCACUGGGUGGAGUUUCAGAAUAAGUUUUACAGUGGGACAGGCUACAAAUUCAGCCCCUUCUCUUUUGACAGCAUCGUGCAACCUGUCUGA